UCAAAGCACAGAGCCUACCCCGUUCACACACCAGCGUUGCGCGCAGAGAAAGAGAUGCGCCUUCGCUCUCCUCUCCCUCUCCUUCCCUCCUCUUUCAUCUCCAGAUUUCUGUAAAGUUAUUCAGACCAAGUAGGUGUGACAAACGCACAUCUGGAGAUUAUAUUUUAUUCAAUCGGGACUUUUUUCCUGGUUGGUGUCGGAGUUAGAGGGCUUCGCGUGAGGAGGAACAUGUCUGGAUGAGGUGAUUUUUACGCACGCUGCUGAGAUGGAUCACGGACUCUCCAGAGGCAGCUGGGUACCCGUGACUGGUCUGGUUAUAUGUCUAGUGCUGUGCGGGUGUGUGGUGGACCUGGUUCUAGCUCAGAUUCGCUACUCCAUCCCAGAGGAGCUGGAGCACGGAGCCUUUGUGGGCAACAUAGCCGAGGACCUGGGGCUGGAUGUGGCCAAGCUCUCAGCACGCCGCUUUCGCAUCGUCUCCGGCGCAAAGAAGCAAUAUUUAGAAGUGAACUUGGAAAAUGGAAUUCUCUUCGUCAACGAAAAGAUAGACAGAGAGGAGCUGUGCGAACGGAGUCCGAACUGCUUCCUGCACUUACAGGUGGUCAUUGAAAACCCGUUAGAACUCUACAGAGUGGAGGUGGAGAUUUUGGACGUGAAUGACAACUCUCCCAGCUUCCCGUGGACUGAGUUUAAUCUGGACAUCACGGAGUCCGCCGCUCCCGGCUCACGCUUCCCGCUGGAGAGCGCGCAGGACCAAGACGUGGGCACCAACUCUCUGCGCUCCUACCAGCUGAGUUCAAACGAGCACUUUGUGCUGAACAUCCAGACGCGCAACGACGGCAGCAAGUUUGCCGAGCUUGUGCUGGACACCCCGCUGGACCGGGAGCAGCAGAAAAAACACGAGAUGGUACUGACUGCUUUUGACGGAGGCUCUCCGGAGCGCACUGGCACGGCGCUGAUAACCAUAACAGUUUUGGAUGCCAACGACAACGUGCCUGUGUUUGACUGCUCCAUUUACAGGGCGAGUCUGGUGGAGAACGCACCGAGGGGAACACUGGUGCUGAAGCUGAACGCCACAGACUUGGAUGAAGGCUCGAACGGGGAAGUUACUUAUGCGUUUAGUGGACACGCACCUCUUAAAGUGCGCGAGCUGUUCAGCGUGGACCCGUACAUGGGUGAAGUCCGGGUGAAGGGCGUUGUGGACUACGAGAAAGCCAGCGUGUAUGAAUUAUACGUACAGGCUAAAGACAGAGGGCCGUCUGCCGUGGCGGUGCACAGCAAAGUGCUGGUGGACAUCCUGGAUGUGAAUGACAACGCGCCAGAAGUCAUCCUCACCUCCGUGUCCACACCUGUGCAGGAAGACGCGCCUCCGGGCACGGUAAUAGCUGUGAUCAGCGUCAUGGACCGGGACUCGAGAGAGAACGGAAACGUGGACUGCCAGAUUCCGAACAAUAUCCCGUUUCAGCUUCACUCAUCUUUUAAAAACUACUAUACUUUAGUGACGAGCGAGUCCCUGGACAGGGAGGUGGUGUCUGAGUACAACAUCUCCCUCACAGCCCGGGACCUGGGCUCUCCGUCGCUCUCCACCAGGAAAACCAUCCUGGUCCAAGUGUCUGACAUCAACGAUAACCCCCCGCGGUUCUCUCAACCUUCAUACACGGUUUAUGUGACAGAGAAUAACGCCCCGGGCGCUUCCAUUUGCUCGGUCACAGCAUUCGACCCCGAUUCGAACCAGAACGCCUAUCUGUCCUAUUCCAUUCUCGAGGGUCAGAUUCAGGGCAUGCCAAUGUCCACUUAUGUCUCAAUCAACUCAGACAACGGCAACAUUUACGCACUGCGCUCCUUUGAUUACGAGCAACUUAGAAACUUUCAGAUUCUGGUGCAGGCGCAGGACGCUGGCUUCCCCCCACUGGCCAGCAAUGUCACAGUCAACGUCUUUGUCCUCGACCAGAAUGACAACGCACCUGUCAUCGUGUCACCGCUGCCCAAGAACGGCACUGAAGCGGUGGAGGUGGUUCCGCGGUCUGUGGACGCCGGGUAUCUAGUGACCAAAAUAACAGCGCUGGACGCGGACGCGGGGCAGAACUCCCGGCUGUCCUACCAGCUGCUGCAGGCGACAGACCCGGGCUUAUUCAGCGUGGCUCUCUACACGGGAGAAAUCAGGACGAUUCGCCGUUUAGUGGAAAAAGACGCAACAAGACAAAGACUUGUGAUAUUAGUCAAGGACAACGGGCAGCCGCCGCUCUCUGCCACCGUUUCAAUUGUCCUCACAGUUGUGGACAACGUGCCGGAGUCAUUGUUAGAUUUUGGAGACCUCACCCUCAGCCCAAAGCCCCCCUCCAACCUCGCCCUCUACUUAAUCGUGUCACUGAGCACAAUAUCGCUAAUAUUCCUGGUGGCUAUUAUAGUGCUGGCUGCGGUCAAGUGCUACAAGGACAGAGAGACCCACAGCGGCUAUAACCUGCCCCCACUAGCCUGCUGCUGCUGCGGGGGGUUCCAACCGGAGCCCCCCCCGGAGGUGUUCAAAAAAUCCAACCUCAACCUGCAGAUUUCAUCCGCCGCCAAAGUGCCGACAAACUGCAUGGAGGUGAAUGGAAAUAGCAGUUUCUCUCAGUCAUAUUGUUAUAAAGCGUGUCUGACCCCCGAAUCAGCCAAAAGUGACUUCAUGUUUCUGAAGCCGUGCAGCCCGAGCAGCACACCGAGGAACAACGAGGCGAAGAGCGCGGAGAGCUCGUGGAACGUGCACAGCCGGAGCGCAUCUGUGAACAUCGGAGCCACUACUCCCAGCGAGCUAAAGCAGCCAAACACAGACUGGACUCUCACUAAAACUCAAAACUCUUCUAUUAAAAGUUAUAAUUCUAUCAACAUGGAUGGCACGCUCAUGCGGAAGGCUAUGCAUGCAGACCCAGAACACUAUGUGGCCUCCAUGGCACCGGGGCAGUACUGGACCUGGGGGAACCACAUGAAAGGAGUGAAAGAUUUUAAAAUGUCCCCUUCACCCAGUGGCCUCCCCUCUCGCCCCUGGACUCCUCGCUGCACACCUCCACCCCAGCAACAGCAGCCUUCAAUCCCACCUCACCCCCACCCCCACCCUCACCCGCCACCCGACUACCACCACAACGUGUACAUCCCGGGAACUCCUUCAGGCUUCUGCACAUUGCGGCCUGCUGCACAACGAAGCGAGCUGGGCGUCCACAAUUCCUUCUCCACCUUUGGCAAGAAGAGGCGUCUGCAGAUGUCCCCCCAGGGGGAGGCUGCGGUGAUAAACAACGACCUGUACAAUGACUGACAUUUCUCAGAGGCUGCCUAAUGGAUGGAUUGAUAAACUCAAAUGAAAACAGAGGGAGAGACCAUUCAGCACAUAGAUAAUGUGACAUUUGUGAGGUAAUAGGAAAGGAAGAUCAAUCCUCUGAUGAAUCCUAAUUAAUGGAAAAUGUCUUUCGGAGAAAUAUGAUGGUUAUUUAUGUGACAUGCCACUGCAACAUUGUCACUGUGUCUGUCCUUAUACCCGUUGCUGUCAUUACAACUUUAACUAUGAUUAUUAUUUAGACAAUCAAACUGGAGCAGAAAUUUCAUCCCAAAAAUGUUCCAAAAGGCAUAAAUGAACCAUAAUUUUGCACAUUCCUGUAAAUUUCUUAUUUUUCUGUUUAAUUUCUUUUCUUUUGUAUGUGUCUUUGCUAACAAAGCUUGUGUAAAUAUGACAAAUACUAUGUAAAUGUAUAUGCAAGCUGCUUUAUGAUGCGGUACUACUCUAAUGAUGGGUUAUUUAGCCCUCACAUGUACUGUAAACAUUUAAUAAAUUAAAGUAUUUUUUCCA